GCUCAUUGUCUUUGGCGCCGAUUGAUUUGUUAUGUAUUAGAAAUGAAGAUAUAGUAAUUCAUUGCAUUGUUUUUUUAUAUGUUAAUAAAAUGUUAGGUCGUGUAUUUGUUAAACUGAACUUUCAGCUGGAUUUGAAAAUGUGUAAUAAUGACUGUUUAUGCGAUUUUUGUUUGCAAUUUGAUUAGUUUGGACCCGGCGAAUUUUCAUUUUGAUUUCCGACAUGGAUCCUGACAACACGAGCGCUACUGCAAGCUUUAAUGUUGAGCAGAUACCCGCCGUUCCUGAAGUUGUUUCCCAUGGCAAUGUAAAUGAUGGUGUCGACUUUUUCAGUGAACUCUUACAUUUCAAAGACGACACCUUAGCUGUUGAAAAUAUGAAAGCUACCUACGAGCUAGUUCAUGGACUUUUUAAUUUUCAGACUGGAGGUAUUCAGAAUGAAGUGAGCAACAUUUCAAAUUCUUUGGAGAUAAAUAGAAUUUCUACUCAAGACCAAAAUGAAGCUUCAAAGAAAGAAACAGAAAUUAAAGAGCUCUCUGCCAAAAUUGAAGGACUGAGUCAGCUUAAUAAAGAAUUAGAAGAAAAGAACUCUCAGCAAGAAAGCCAGUUAUAUGAGUAUGAGGAAAAGUUAGCUGAAAAGAUGAGUGACCUUUUGUCUUUGACAACAGAAACAGAAACAUUAAGAAGAAGCUUUGAAGCAAGUGAAGGUGAAAGAAUAGCAUUAAUCGAGAAAGUUCAGCAAUUGCAGGCAGAACUUACUCAGUUCAAAGAGCUGAAAUUAAGGAAUGUUAAUGAUGAUGAACAGAUUGUAUCACUACAGAAAGAUUUAUCAAUUAAAACCAAAGCAGAACGUAAAUUAAAAAAAGAAAUAGAUACGUGUCAUGAGCAGUUAACAGUGAAAAGUAAAUGUCUCAAUCAGCUAAAGAAAUCCAAUAAGAAAUUUGCAAAUUUGUUAUUGAAUUUUGGAGAAAAGAUGGAAAAAGCUAAGCUUCUUACGUUAAAAGAAAAAAAAUUUCUUCAUGCUCUUUCAAAAGAUUGUCAAGAUCAGAAUUCAGAUUUUAGCCUAAGUUUAGCAGCAAUCAAUCUAUAACACCAAUAUGGGCUUUCGCUUCAUGUAUUUUCUCAACUUUUACAAAGAAAUUUAUAUAUAUGAGACCAAAAUAUUAGUGCUAUCUGCAUCUGCUAGUGCUUCCAAACCAGGUAAUGA